AUGGACCGGAAGCGACGCCGUCUUGAUAGAUGGAUGCUUCUCGCAGCUGCAGCUGUCAGUGCAUUUCCCGCGUUGUCAUGCACCAGGCUUGCUGCGAGAAGCUUGGCGCUGGUUUCGGCAGAUGCUGCGCAGGACUCGCAGCCUGCCGAGGCAGCGGCCAGCGCGCCGAGCGCGCCGAGCGCGCCGAGCGAACAGAGCGCCGUCGCCAACGUCUUGGGCACUGUGGAGGCGAGUCUGCAGAGCGUCCGGGAACAAGUGGCGGCUGGUCAUGUGAUGCCUAAAUAUGGCGAGUAUGCCCAGUCUGUCUUGGACUCCGCUGUGAAGCAGGUUGGCUCUGGUGGUACAGAGAUCGGGAGAAGUGUGGAUGCCAUGUUGCAGAACCUUUUCCUGCAGCAGCUGGUGUUGUUGCGGCAGCAGACUGCGGCCAAAUUCCUCAAAGCCUCCCGACCGGCUGAGGCUGUUUCCCAGGCAGAUCAGCAGUUCGUCUCCCAGGCCGAGGAGCUGAAGAGACCGGGCAGUUCUUGGAGCUACAGCGAGGACCGCUAUGCUUUGAGAGCUGUCCUCGAGGGCAGCUAUAGACGAGAUGCUGCUUUUAGAGAUGAGGAGGCGGAGGCUGUGAAGUCUCAACAGAAUACUGUUGAGAUCAUCAGCAGGUUGCAAAGCCAGAUGGAGAACUUGCAGAUGCGGUUGCAGCACAUGCGUGCUGGCCAACCGUGGUUCUUGUCGAGCUCGUACAGGAUUCCAGGAACGCCAGUGACCAUGAUCGGUCGCUUUCAGCAGGGUCGUGCGAGCAUCGAGUUGAACCUCUCCCCAGACAGGGACCCCGUGACCGCGGAAGCUGGAUUUGUUCGAGGUGUUGGACCGGCCAACCUGGGUGUGAGUGCCAAUUUUGGCCUUUGA